UGGUUUAGAGCAACUAAAUUCAAAUGUAUAAUAAUGUGUAAUAAAGUUCACUAAUUAUAUCUCCAGUUCAGGGAGCAGGAUGAGCUGGCUCGUAUAUUCAAGCUAUGGACGCAACCUCAUUCUUCAAAAUCUCUUUCGGAGGCUUCCGGUCUUUUGCCUAUGUCGAAACUCUGGGACAAUCGCGUGAGGCAACAUCUCGGGACACGAUAUGACUUCAGGAAAGGCUGCUUUGACUGGGACCUUACAAUGAAACUCCAUGAGAAAGGGUGUUGUACCAUAAAUAAACAAGAGUACACCCAAUGGAGGGGAAGUGGUUUAGCGUUUGAAAUGAGGGAAGGCAUCUACCAAGUACCAAAUCCCAGCUUGCUGUCGUUUAGAGUGUUUAGUCAGGGCGGAAACAAAGUGGCUGCGAGAGGCUACUGGGGUGACAUCGUUUCUAGUCCCUACCUUUCCUUUGGCAUUAAAACCGAUGACAAGAGUCUACUCAAGACACAGAACGGGCAACAAGUAAAGACGGCGCAGGAUGUCUCUUAUGCAAACGUGCAGAUGAUGUUUCAGUCUUUGUUAAGCAGGCUGAAGAGCAGCUCCACUUCUCCAUCAGAGCCAAAGGAACCUAAAGCACAGACAGACCUCACCAUUAAUGACCUGAUGCAUCUGACUGGGGUCUCUGUUACUUUUCUGCCAAUGGCUGCCUCAGGAGGCCAACAAGGCUCGAUAGGACUCCUUCUUCAGCUUGAUGCCAUCCCUUACUUGCGGUGUCCUCCAACGAGUUUGGGGAUUGUCGCCACAACGGGUACCAGAUACCUUACAGCCACAGCUUCGGACAGCCGCAUUCACAAUGGAAGAGUAGACCAUGGUUCACUCGGACUCAAUGUCUCUAACCUUUCCCGGGACCUGGUCAAAGCUCUCCCAGAGGUGGGAGCUGAAGGCCUCCCCACAGGGGAUUCCGCCAGACGUUCCCAACAGGCCCUCACAAUUCGUUUAGGUCUGCCAGCGUUAAGUGUUUCAGCGGAGGAGACUGAAAGUAGAAACUCUGGUGUAAAGGAAGAGCUGAGGUCCAGGUUGCUGGAGGUCUGUCAGCUGAGGAAAGACAUCGAUGAACUGAGGGAGAGCAUCUUCGAGCGCAAAGGCCACUAG